GGUGUUACGUCAUUACUUCGAGUGGGAGUUGAGGCUAACGAGGCCGUGUGUUCUCAGUUUAUUCAUGUACUUAGGUUUUUCGAUAUUUGUUCGUUUAAUUUUGGCAGGAAUAUCUACACAUUGCUGCGUUAGCUAUCGAAUUUAAAAUAGAAUUCUGAAAUAUCACUGUUGGUGUAGAAAAUGAGUGUUGAGGCGUACGGGCCGAGCUCGCAGACUCUCACGUUCCUGGACACGGAGGAAGCGGAGUUGCUUGGAGCGGAUACCCAGGGUUCGGAGUAUGAGUUCACGGAUUUUACUCUGCCGAGCCAGACUCAAACAGGCCAAACGCAGAGUCAGUUGGACAACCAGGCGAAUGGGCCUGAUGGAGUUCUGCAGAAUGGGGAUGACCCUGUUGUGAAAGCAAGUCAACUUCUUGCAGAGUUGAACUUUGAAGAAGAUGAGGAAGACAGCUAUUAUACUAAAGACCUCCCAGUUCAUGCAUGCAGUUACUGUGGCAUUCACGAUCCUGCUUGCGUGGUGUAUUGCAACACCAGCAAGAAGUGGUUUUGCAAUGGACGUGGCAAUACGUCUGGCAGCCACAUUGUGAACCACCUGGUCAGAGCCAAGUCCAAGGAGGUGACUCUGCACAAGGACGGUCCUCUGGGGGAGACGGUGCUGGAGUGCUACAACUGUGGCUGUCGCAACGUCUUCCUCCUGGGCUUCAUCCCUGCCAAGGCAGACUCUGUGGUGGUACUGCUUUGCAGGCAGCCAUGUGCCAGUCAGAGCAGUCUGAAGGACAUCAACUGGGACAGCUCCCAGUGGCAGCCGCUGAUCCAGGACCGCUGCUUCCUGUCCUGGCUGGUUAAGAUCCCCUCAGAGCAGGAGCAGCUCCGGGCCCGCCAGAUCACCGCCCAGCAGAUAAACAAGCUGGAGGAGCUCUGGAAGGAAAACCCCACAGCCACUCUGGAGGACCUGGAGAAGCCCGGCGUGGACGAGGAGCCUCAGCACGUGUUGCUGCGCUAUGAGGAUGCCUACCAGUACCAGAACAUCUUUGGCCCCCUGGUCAAACUGGAGGCCGACUACGAUAAGAAACUCAAAGAGUCCCAGACCCAAGACAAUAUAACUGUCAGGUGGGACUUGGGACUCAAUAAAAAGCGGAUUGCUUAUUUCAGCCUUCCCAAGACGGACUCAGGUGACAUGCGCCUGAUGCAGGGUGAUGAGAUUUGCCUGAGGUAUAAGGGAGACCUUGCCCCACUCUGGAAAGGCAUUGGACAUGUCAUCAAAGUCCCAGACAACUAUGGUGAUGAGAUAGCCAUUGAGCUGAGGAGCAGUGCUGGGGCUCCCGUGGAAGUACCACAUAACUUCCAGGUUGACUUUGUGUGGAAAUCCACCUCCUUUGACCGGAUGCAGAGUGCCCUGAAGACCUUUGCCGUGGAUGAGACCUCUGUGUCCGGGUACAUCUACCACAAGCUGCUGGGUCACGAGGUGGAGGACGUGGUCAUCAAGUGUCAGCUGCCCAAACGCUUCACCGCCCAGGGCUUGCCUGACCUCAACCACUCACAGGUGUAUGCUGUGAAGACUGUGCUGCAGCGUCCUCUCAGUCUCAUCCAGGGGCCCCCUGGCACUGGGAAAACUGUCACCUCCGCCACUGUAGUGUAUCACCUGGCCAGACAGGGCAACGGGCCUGUGCUGGUGUGCGCUCCCAGUAACAUUGCGGUAGACCAGCUGACUGAGAAGAUCCACAUGUCAGGUCUGAAAGUGGUGAGGCUGUCUGCCAAGAGCAGAGAGGCCAUCGACUCCCCUGUGUCCUUCCUGGCUCUGCACAACCAGAUCCGCAACAUGGACAGUAUACCAGAGCUUCAGAAGCUCCAGCAGCUGAAGGACGAGACUGGGGAGCUGUCCUCCUCUGAUGAGAAGCGCUACAGGGCCCUGAAGCGCACCGCCGAGAGGGAACUACUCAUGAAUGCUGACGUGAUCUGCUGUACCUGUGUGGGGGCAGGAGACCCCCGCCUGGCCAAGAUGCAGUUCCGCUCAAUCCUCAUCGAUGAGAGCACCCAGGCCACUGAGCCAGAGUGUAUGGUGCCUGUCAUACUGGGGGCCAAGCAGCUGAUCCUGGUGGGAGACCACUGCCAGCUGGGUCCAGUAGUGAUGUGUAAAAAGGCAGCCAAGGCAGGCCUGUCCCAGUCCCUGUUUGAGCGUCUGGUGGUGCUGGGCAUCAGGCCCAUCCGUCUGCAGGUGCAGUACCGUAUGCACCCGGCCCUCAGCGCCUUCCCCUCCAACAUCUUCUAUGAGGGCUCCCUGCAGAACGGAGUCACCGCAGCUGACCGCAUCAAGAAAGGCUUUGACUUCCAGUGGCCACAGCCAGACAAGCCCAUGUUCUUCUACGUGACCCUGGGCCAGGAGGAAAUCGCAAGCUCUGGAACCUCCUAUCUAAACAGGACUGAGGCUUCCAACGUGGAGAAGAUCACCACCAGGCUGCUGAAGGCUGGGGCCAAGCCUGACCAGAUAGGGAUCAUCACCCCCUACGAGGGCCAGCGGUCCUACCUGGUGCAGUACAUGCAGUUUAGUGGCUCCCUCCACACCAAGCUCUACCAGGAGGUGGAGAUAGCCAGCGUUGAUGCGUUCCAGGGCAGAGAGAAGGACUUCAUCAUCCUGUCCUGUGUCAGAGCCAACGAGCACCAGGGCAUCGGCUUCCUCAACGACCCGCGCCGUCUCAACGUGGCUCUCACCAGGGCCAGGUAUGGGGUUAUCAUUGUGGGCAACCCCAAAGCCCUGUCCAAGCAGCCUCUGUGGAACCACCUGCUCAACUACUACAAGGAGCAGAAGGUUCUGGUGGAGGGACCCCUCAACAACCUGAGAGAGAGCCUCAUGCAGUUCAGCAAGCCCCGCAAGCUAGUCAACGCCAUCAACCCUGGGGGCCGUUUCAUGAGCACAGCCAUGUAUGAUGCCAGAGAGGCUCUUAUUCCUGGAUCUGUGUAUGACCGCAGCAACACUGGACGUACAUCCAACAUGUACUUCCAGACCCACGACCAGAUCGGCAUGAUUGGCCCGGGCCCCAUGGCCUCCAUGAACAUCCCCAUCCCCUUCAACCUGGUCAUGCCUCCCAUGCCCCCGCCAGGCUACCUGGGCCAGGUCAACGGCCCCCAAGCAGGCCGUGGUGGAGGUAUGAAGGGUAAGGCAGGCGGCGGAGGGGCGCGAGGUGGGCGCCAGAGGAGCCGUGGCAUGGGGAACCACGGCGGGGGCAGCGUGCAUCAGGGCCUCAUGAGUGGCAGCCAGGCCAGCCAGGACCUGGGCUCCCAGCCCUUCUCCCAGGGACCACUCACCCAGGGCUACAUCACCAUGAGCCAGCCCUCCCAGAUGAGCCAGCCUGGCCUCUCCCAGCCUGAACUCUCUCAGGACAGCUACCUUGGCGAUGAGUUCAAGUCCCAGAUUGACGUGGCCCUCUCCCAAGACUCCACCUACCAAGGGGAAAGAGCCUAUCAACAUGGUGUGACUGGACUGUCCCAGUACUAGAGUGUUGUGGGAAAAGGAGCUAAGCCUGUGCUGAGCUUAGUUCGUCGGCAUUUUAAUCUGGGUAAUAUUUAAAAAAAGAACAAACAUGGAUACCCGUUUUCCACUGCUACAACUGAAGCACCACUGUGUGAAAGCAACAGGAAAGAGACCGAGAGAAACCAACCAAUCACAAGAGUGAGAGCAAAAUGGGGGUAGAGCUGGACAGACGAGAGAGGAGGAGGGAGAGAGAAGGCGCUGCUCGCACACUGAGAAAAGGAGAAGCAGCAUACGCCCGGGUAGCACCGUCGGAGCGACGAGCCCUUCGAUGAUGAGUCGAGGGGUGAAAGGUCGUGGAUCCUCAUUGGGGACACAGGAGUCACAUCCCUGCCACCUCUCCUCCACACCAAAAGUUUGUUGGCUGAGGACAUUGUUCUCGGAGCAGAGAGACUGAGAAGAGGAGUUCUCACACCCCUCCAACCUCACUCUACAAAACCGCCUCCUGCCAGACAGAGAGGGAAAGAAGGGGAGGAAACUCUUGAAGCAGUCAGUCGAUUUGGGAAAAAUUCUAACCUCAAAGUUGAUCCGUGCUCAUGCUCUGCAUUUGAACAUGUUUGAGAGAAAGAAGGAGAGAGGGUUUGGGCAGACCAAAAGUGGUCUUGUUGAAUGUCUCAAACGGAAUCAAAUGGUGCAGGAGCCGGAAGAAUACUGACCAUUCAUCUUUUUCAACUUUGAGUUGGAAAGUUUUCUACAUGAGGUCUGUUGUCGCAGAUGUUCUGAAACGGAAAGCUGGUGAAUUUCACUGGCUUUCCGCUCUGGUCUUUCUGAAGGAAAGUGGUGGAAUGGCUCUUGAAACAAUUAAAGGAAAACAUUAUUGUCUCGAGAUCUGAAGUGGUGGACUUGAAAGAUCUGUAGUUUGCGAGACAAGUUAGAGUUUUUUUCUUAAGUCUAUCUUUCUGUAGUAGAGUAAAAAGAACACCAUAACCAACUUAUUGUAAUCACUUGCUCUUUAAAAUGACCUCCAAAUUAUUAGUUUAAAAAUAAUCACAGCUCCACAUAUAUGUAAUGCCACAAAGAAAGCACUUGUAGAACGCACUUAUCUUUUGCAUGGCUACAUGGCUAAUUCAUUAAUCCACAGUAAGCAGGGAGGUUUUCCUUAGAGCUCCAAGUUUAAACAUGAAAUGAUGUAUUAAAUCAUGUUUUCCUUUA